CGGCGGCCGAAGGCCAAGCCCAGCGCCGCCGCCAUCUUUGCCCAGAGGCCAGCGGAAGGCGGGCGGUGGGAGAGCGGGAACCGGGACGAAGCGGCAGCCACACAGCCAACUUACAACAACCCUCCCCCGUUCCUGGCCAUGAGGAGGCGGCUGUGAGGAGGAGGAGGAGGAGAAGGAGGGCAGCGGGAGCCAGCCGAGAGCAGGCCGCAGUGAGCGGCGCGGCGUGAGCGAGAGGGCCCCGGGAAGGAACCGCCGUCGCGGUGUGUUUGCUGAGUGUGUCCCGAGGCCUCGGGCUUAGGCCUCGGGCUUGAUUAGCUCAGGGGGGGCGGGAGGAGGAGGAGGGGUGGGGAGUCGCCAUGGCGGCCGCCAAGUUCGAAUCGCACGACCGGACGAGCUGGUACUUCGGGCCGCUGAGCCGGCAGGAAGCCCAGGCCAAGCUGCAGGGCCAGCGGCACGGCACUUUCCUGGUGAGGGAUAGCACCACCUGCCCGGGGGACUAUGUGCUGUCCGUGUCUGAGAACUCCAAAGUCUCGCACUACAUCAUCAACAGCCUGCCGGGCAAGUUCAAAAUCGGCGACCAGGAGUUUGACAACUUGCCGGGCCUGCUCGAGUUCUACAAGAUCCACUACCUGGACACCACCACCCUGAUCGAGCCGGCCCCCCGAGCCGCGGGCCCGGCCGCCGCCGCCUCCGCCUCCGCCUCCUCGCUGGGCAAAGGCCAGGUCCUGAUGGGGCCCAGCUCCUCCUCGGGUUCGGGCGGCGAUGAGAGCGCCGAGUACGUGCGGACUCUAUACGACUUCCCGGGCAACGACGUGGAGGACCUGCCCUUCAAGAAGGGCGAGCUGCUGGUCAUCGUGGACAAGCCCGAGGAGCAGUGGUGGAGCGCCCGCAACAAGGACGGCCGGCUCGGCAUGAUCCCCGUGCCUUAUGUCGAGGUGGUGGUCAAGUCGUCGCCCCAACAGCAGCAGCAGCAGCCGCCCGGCUACCGCAACUCCAGCAGCUACGGCAUCCCCGAGCCCGCACACGCUUAUGCCCAGCCCCAGACCAGCAGCCCCCUGCCCACCGGUGCCAACCCCCUGCCCACCACCCAGAACGGACCCGUCUAUGCCAGGGCCAUCCAGAAGCGAGUCCCCUGCGCCUAUGACAAAACGGCCUUAGCAUUGGAGGUUGGUGACCUUGUGAAAGUGACGAGGAUGAACAUCAGCGGCCAGUGGGAGGGUGAGGUGAAUGGCCGACAGGGACUGUUCCCUUUCACUCACGUCCAGAUCAUUGACCCCCAAAACCCUGAAGAGAACGAGUGACCUGAAAGAUCUGGAACAUGUGGUCACCUCCAUCUGCCUGUUCAUCGCACACGGUAUCAGCAUCACAUCUGGUGCAUCGCUUCCAGACUAAUGGGGAAACCAUCAUUUUGCCAUGGAACCGCGAUUGGAUUUUUGAGUAUCUGCUUACCUGCUGAAAUUUAAUGUUUCUGUCUGAGCUCUUCCCACGUACCAUUAAAGCUAUAUGAUUACUAACAAUAAAUGGAGAAAAGGACGGGAGAGAGGCAGUCUCGAUCUCAGUGCCGCAAUAGAUAAUGCUUCAGUACAAGUUUGAAGCCAACUGGGAUAACCGAGUGUAUUCUUGGCUGCACCCCUCACACUUGGAACACUUGAUGGAUAUUCCUGCUGCCUGUGACAGGCAUGUAAAUGUGGUGAUCCCUUGCCAACUUACUGAUUGUGGUAGUUAGGGAUGCUACUGGGACUAGAUUCAUCUAGCCUCAGUUGUUAUCUUGAGUGCUUACUUAAUGUAAAGGAGCUGAGCGAAUAACUGAGGCAUUGGACUCAGAAGAAUGAUUUUAAAUGGUUUGGAGUACAGCCUAUAUAACGUUAGUCUGUGGUGCCAUAUCCAAUAUGUAGAGGAGUCACAAUUUUUUGGAUACAAUCAGAUAGAUAGCUGUAGAAAACAAUCAUGAAUAAGUCACUUUUGCAGUUCUGUAACACCUGUAAAGACUGAGCCUGGAAAGAGGAAACACUCUGGCUAAACGAGAACAGAAUUGCUCACACUUGUGAAUCUAAAUAGGUUGCCAGGUGUAGGCCUGGUGAGGCACAAGGAUUUUGGAUAAACUGGUGAUACACAGCCUUAAGUAGUGCUGGGUGGGCUUGGGUGCAGGCAAUCUGCAAAAAGAUUGGCUUGUGGGCUUCCGAUUCAGUAAGGCAGAACCAUUCCAUGUCUUUUAACAUGGAGAUUGUGGGUCAGCUUUUAGUUAAUGGCCUUCAGAAAAUCUGUAAUGGCACAAAACAUCUGGCUAAUGGGCAGAAAUAUUCCAAUGGAGAUGUUAGUGCCUUUCCCUUUUGGAGGUUUUUCCUAAAAGCAGUUUAUUGAUCUACAUUUCUGUGAUGAUCCUCCAUGUCGGACAGCUCCCUUGGUAAACUCAUACCCAGCGUGUACAGUCUGCCUCACUUAUGCCAGUGUCCAACUCAAGUCGGAUGGUCUUCACCUACUCCGAGUGGCCAGAGGGUUUUGUGAGGAGCCAGCUGUUGUCAGUCUGAUUUGGGGUGCAGUGCAUUUUACGGACGGAGUCCUGCUUAACCUCUGAAGCCUGAAAUGGACACUGUUUCACGCGCACACACACUCACUGGUUUCUUGUGCAUGUGCCACUUAGUUUACUUUUUUCACCUUCUCUCUCUUGCUUCUGCCCUUGCUUCUCUCUCCCUCUCUCGCCCACCCCGCCCCCCCGUCUGUCUCUCCCCUUCCCUCUCCCUCUAUCGCCUCCCCUUCCCUCCCCCGAUCUCCCGCCCGUGCCUCGCCCCUCCCUCUAUCUAUCUUUCUCUCGGGCCUCCUUUCUCUCUCUCUCUCGUGCCUCACCACCCCCCCCCCCCUCUCUCUCUCCCCCGUGCCUCCCCCAUCUCUCGUCCGUGCCUCUCCUCUCCUCUCUCUCCCCUGUGCUUGCCUGUGACUUAUUUUCCUCUUUUGCAUUGUACAUUGGGGGUAAGGACUUGAUCACUCCUCCAAGCAGUCUUUUUAAAAAAGAGCAGUCCAAGGUAAUCUGUAUUGAAAUUGGCUUCCCUUGGCUGACUAACUCAUUUUAAGUAAUAAUUCAAAUGAAGGAGUUCAAGCCUUAUAUGUUUUAAUAUCUGUGCACUGACUGUGCUUUAUUUAAUAACCUGGGUGAAAGAAUUGUCACCUGCAGUGCAACACUAAAAUCAAACACUGUUGACAAGCUAUCACCCCACCUAGCCGAUUACUGAGGGGUGCUGCACUCCAUUUGAGGUAUUGGGCCUGAUCCUUUGCUGUGGAAGUCUAAUUUCCCCUGUAGUGGCAACACAGAUGAUGCUUGUGGAAUAACUGUACAUAAACUAUUUUGUUGGAUUGAGCAGCAGUGCACCACUGAUCUGCCCCCCAGAGGUGACUGUGGGAAAUUGAUUGUCUCCAUUGUUGCUCUGUUCCCAAGCAGCACAGCACACUGCAAUUUAACCAGGUGGAUGUACAGUAGCUGCCAGUAAUGGGCAUUUGCUUUUUUUUCCCUAUUGGAAAAUUGUUAUUGAUUGGAUUUUAUCCAGUUGCAGUGUGUAUGUAACGAAUCCACAUGAGCUUUCCUCUUCUCCCACUCGGUGGCUUGGAGUGGUCCUUCCCAAUGAAUAGCUAUAGACAAGUGUGUGCUAUUGUAACUGGUUGCUUAGCAGUGUUCAUUUUGCACUGUUUUCAUGUUGCACCAUAGUUACUGGUUAUUAAAAUGAAGCCUUGGCGCUCUACACCUUGAAGCUCACUGCUUAUUCUGAACAUUGAGGAAAUCACCUGGUGGAAUAGGGAGGGGGGGAACCAGAUGAGUUCCUGAGGUCAAUUCACCAUCGAACCAAAGUAUGCACCUAGUGCCUAAAAUAAAAGUGUCCACUGUAUGGGUGGGAGCAGGUUGAAUUAGAUUAGCUAUCACUGUGCUGAUUACUUUUUGAAGGAGAUUUUUAGAAUUCAUAUUUGCACAGGGGCUACCAUGUUGUGGCUUCAGACAUUUUAAAACCAACACUUUUAUUUGCCUUUCACUCCAAUUCUUGCCUUGCUGAGGUCUUCAGGUAGUUGAACAGAUCCUGGGUUGUAGGACUAACCAUGACAUAGUAUUGACCCAACAGGCUUUUAUUACAGAAUCACACAUUCUUUGGAUAUGCCUCAGUUUUGCUACUCAUACUAAUGCGACUAGCUUUGUGCCUUGUUCUGUUUUUUGUUUCCUUCAUCAAACCACUAUAGCUCCUUUGGUCUGUCUGCCAAGCUAUUACACUGGACUCCUAAAAUUCUGUCUAGUUGCCAGAAAUGCCCUGUGAGAAUGGAUGAUGCCCUACAUUUCCUACACACACGCACACACACACACACACACACACACACCGCCCCCCCGCACCGCUUCAUCCCUUGAUGAUUCAGUUCCAGUUUGAGUGUUUCCCCUUUCAGGUUCUUAGUACCUGGCCGGCUUCUCUUCCUCCUUAGCUUGUCAGCUUCCAUAAUAUUAUAACCGGGCUCGUGCACUACAGGAAGGAAAUAAAACACAUGUCCGCGCCUCUUGUAAACGUCGUGCAGUGAUUCAAGAAAUGAAUCAUACUGUGGAGGGUGAGCGUGUAUUCAGCCUGCAUCACUUGCCUGCCUUCCCACUGCAUUUGUCACCAAUAAAAAAAAUGUUUACAACACAGCAAAUUCACAACAGGUUUUUAAUAUGUGCUCAUAGCUUAAACUAUUGGAAAUGUUUGUCUGCGGCCUCCAUGCAUGCUAGUCUCUUUUUAUUUUUGUAGAAAGCUUUGUGCUGUCUGUUCCAAGAGAAUUAUUAAUGCAUUUUGUUUAACAUUCUGGGAAUGGGAGCCUUUUGCCUGUGUACAGUACAGAUCAUGUCUAACCCUUGAUUGAAUAAAUCUAGUGUUUGGAAAUGCAAGUGUCUAGAAUGUAAACUGUGCUCACAAGCCCCAUUAUUCUAUAAAAUGCCAUUUGCUUAAACAGGCUUUUUGGUUGCUUUUAGUUUGUGUGUUUCAGAAGUUAACAGUAUUACAGUAUUUGCAGGUUUCAUUGAGGGGGCAUGUCUAUUUCCUUAGUUUUCAUUUAGGUCAAAUGUAGAAUUGCCCCAUUGUUGAAGCCAGUGUUUGUACAUAUUAAAUAAACUUGACAAUAAUUCACACUUUCUCCCCUCUGCAAUCUUGAAGCAGCAACAAUAGUAGAAGCUGAUGUGGAUAUCGGGAGAAAGCUAAAAGAAUGACAGGAAAAUACAGCCUAUGUAUAAUACACCGAGUACUACUACAUCAGAGUAGUCUGGACUUGGGAAUCAGGGCAGGCCUUCUGGUGGACUGUUAAUAAUUCAGAUGGUAGAAUGGAAGACUAAAUCCAACAGGCAAUCUGGCUAAGUUAAAAGGGAAGACUUUUAGCCAAACCACCCAACUCAGAUAGUGGGUUUAUUUUACUUGCAGUCUACCUGUAACCCACGUUUUAGAUCGGCGACAAACUUAAUUGCUAUUGUAGGUUUGAUAUCAGCUGUUGAUGAAUGUUUCUUGAAUCCACAGGCUGCUAAAAAAUCUAUUGCAUCUCAUGCCACGGCAGAUGCAUCUUUUAGUUUGCAGCAUUAUUUUCAACAGCAAUUUGACUCAUUACUAAAGUGGUAAUGGUAAUACUGAGCUAAUUUUAGCUCAAUGCCUCUCUGCUCUGUAGAGCUUUGGGAAAGUUUGCUUGCACCUCUUGAGCUACAGGUUUCUGUCCCAUGAAACUAGCCGCCCAUUCUUGGAAAUGGCUACCACUGAGUGACUGCAGCUGCACAGCCUUUGACCUCCCCCACUCCAUUCCUCGAUGCUGAAGCCCUGUUGAGUGUGGGAGAACAGUUGAACCUUUGUGGAACUUUAAAAAGACCCACAAGUUCCACAAUAAUAAGUAUUUAGGACAUACUUUUAAGGGCAGCCCUCUCCAUUUGUGUGGAAAGUAUACAAAUACUAGUUGAAAGGAGGCCUUUGCUUAGCCUGUUUAUUUGGUUCCAGGUGAGUAGGCAGACCUUAUCUUGCAGCUGUUGGAGAGUAGACAGUUAAUAGAGGGUAAAAGCCAAUGGUGGGGAAAGAUCUGGUGCUUUAUAGUCCAGCCCUUGAGGUUUAUGCACUCUUGUGACUGGCUGAUAGUAGAAGCCUCACAGCCAUCUUUGGUUAGCUUCUCUCGUACAUUGCUUUUGCAAUGAUGUUUGCCUGCUGUGUCUUGAGGAACACAUCUAAAAUCUCCAAGUUUAAUCUCAACACUUUUCUUUCUGUUCAAUUAUGGUUUGGGUUUUCCAUUGCCACCCUAUUCCUGAUAUAUUUGGUCACAUGAACAUUUUUGCAAAAAUAUUCUUUGUGGUGUUUAUAAAUUAUCUAUGUUGAACCAGAAAUUGAUACUAAUGGUUUGAAAUUACUUUGGGGCUGUUUUGUCUAAAAUGUUACAAUAAAGCAGAAUUAACCCUU